AUGAAUCAGCAACAAAAGACCGGCAACUUGGGGCAGCUAGCAGACGGAAAGCUGUACUUCAUACAGCGCGGUGCUGUCGAGCGCCUGCUACUCCACUUCGAAGCUGCCUGGCGGAUCAGGGUGCCUAGCCGCCCCGACAUCCGUGCUCCUGCUGAGCCCUCCCAUGGACCUACUAUAGCGGACAGCGACAUAGAGGAGGACCUUGCCGAAAUCACAGCAGACGAUUGGAACAUGGGUCGCUUGAAAUCGGCGUCCAAAUCCAAGAAACCCUCGCUGCUAUCGAGGGUGGAUCAGCUCCCACUCCUAGAACAGCCUGAGCCAACUCCAUCCAAAGGUGGUCGGCUUGGAGGAGCCCCAGGGCCCGCGGCACUGCAACCAGCGGAGCCGAAGUUGCCCUCCGACUUGACCGACCUCGAUAUUGACGACUGGGCCGAGGCGAUGGAUCUCACCGAGGAAAAUAGUGCAUCUUCAGAUUCAAUUUUUGGCAACAACGUGACCAUAUGGAACGAGGAUCAUGCCGCACGUGGCGAGCCUCUGUCCAGCGGCAAGAAGAGGAAAAGCGCUGAUAUCAGCAGAGCUACCGUCAAAGACGAGAUCGAAGACGACGAGUUUCCCGACAUUUACGCCUUACUCAACACACAGCCUCCCGCAACAACGCCUCGGAGGCCCAAAGUAGAGCGCACAGGACAUUCUGCCCUGACGGGAACCACGACGAAACGAAGAAAGAGCCCCAGUGAGAAAUGCGGCAAGUACGAGGCAGGAAGCUCGUCACCGCUCCGGCAAAAGCAAUCCAGAAUGGCCGAGGCCAUCGUCAAGCAAAGCCCAAUCAAAGACAAUUCAAUUGCGCCUCCUGCUGCUCACUCGACCGUUAAGAGCGCUCCCCCGAGACGCGCCCCCGGGAGCCCGGGCCGGUCUCGUAUCCAAGAAGAAGAAACUUUUGACGGGUUUGACGAUGAUCUCGUGAUUCCGGAUUCCGACGAUGGGGAUGAGGAAUUUCAGACACCUCCAUCAUACAACGCCUCUGCUGUUCCCCAACGAGAUGUCAAAGGAUCCAAGGCUGGUGUCGGUACGAGCCAUGUGUCAUUCCAAGCACAAAAGUCAAUGUCGCCAGCACCCCAGGAAUCUCAACUAGACGACGUUCCAUGUCCAUCAGAACCAACGUCAGCCACGUCGUCGGACAGGGCCCCUCCUAACAUGAGCUCUUCAAGUUCAAAAGAACAGCGCCAGUUGUUGUCGCGCCUUGAGAAGGGAUCAGACGUUGUUGAUAACCUAAAGAGGAGUCUUGAGCGGCAAUUGCGCCAGAAUGGAGAGGACUUUAAGCGAGCGCUGCAAGAGCGUGCUCCCAAGGAAAGACGGGCCGUGAUCAAGUCUGCCAAAGAACGCCUGCAAAAGCAACAGAAGGCGCUCGACGAGCUGCCCGAGAUGCUGAAACAGUAUCGCACGCUGUGUGAUGAGCGGGAAGCACUGGCAGAGAAGGUAUCGGUGGGCUAUGCUGAGGGUCUCGAUACGGAAGAAGACGAGGCAUUGCUCGACGAAAUCACCGACCGAGUGCAAGAUGUAGAGGAUUCGAUGCUGAGAGACCUCGCAAACGCUGAGCUCGAAGAGGAGGACUUUUUGGGGUCAUCACCACCGGAACAUACGCCACCCGUGCCCAAGCACGUAGUUGUGCCCGACACCCAACCACUGAGCCACUUCAGCGCCGACAUGUCGCAAGACAUUUCGCGGACCUCCCUCGUCCAGGAAACGGGUGCGGAUAUUGUUCAACAAACCCAAGCCCCCGUGGAGAGCAGGCUUUGGAACCAGCCGAUCCCAGCCUCGAGGAUACAUGGCAAGAGUGGCGUACUGUCACAGGAUGACGAUGACUUGAUGCAGGCCCCCUUCCCACGGGCACAUCAAAUGCAGCGUCCGUCUGCUACCUUGGUUGACGAGCCCACCCCGAUGGACAUCGACCUGGACAUGAUGGAUGACGACUUUGAGGAUGUGGAGCCCUUGGCCUGGUCUUCGCGAAAACCGCCAGCGCAAUCAUGGUCCGCCAUGGCAACUCAGCAUCAGCGUCGGACAGGCGAUGAGUUUAGCGACUUUAGCGACGAUGAAGAGAUGCUUGCUCUGGCACAAGGCAUCGACGCCCCAGCUUCGACCAGAAGGCCGUUCAAGGAGACGUCUGGUAAUGCCGGGGGUUCAUCAGGCUCAAAGGCAGCAUCAGCGAAGAAAAAGAACUGUCUCCCCGAAGCCUCCAUCCCAGCCGAGCUCAUGCGGCACCCGUGGUCUCCCGAGGUGCAGAAAAAACUCAAGGAUCGAUUCCGGAUGAGGGGCUUCCGCCAGAACCAGCUUGAAGCGAUCAACGCAACCUUGGCUGGGGAGGACGCGUUUGUCCUCAUGCCCACAGGUGGUGGCAAGUCCCUGUGCUAUCAGUUGCCAGCGGUCGUCCGCUCAGGCAAAACGCGCGGCAUGACGAUUGUCGUAUCGCCAUUGCUCAGUCUGAUGCAAGACCAAGUCGACCACAUGAAAGCGUUAGGCAUUCAAGCCGUGUCGUUCAACAGUGAGAGCUCGGCUGAGUACAAGCGAAAAGUCCUGAGCGCCUUCGAUGAGAGAUGCCCCGAGAACUUUGUCGAGCUUCUCUAUGUCACGCCAGAGAUGGUCAGCAAGAGCACGCAGUUCAGCAAUGCGAUGGAUACUCUGUAUCGCAAAGGGAAGUUUGCUCGACUGGUCAUUGAUGAAGCCCAUUGCGUGAGUCAGUGGGGGCACGAUUUCCGACCGGACUACAAAACGAUCGGCCAAAUUCGCAAGAGGUUUCCGACUGUCCCGGUAAUGGCUUUGACGGCCACGGCCACGCAGAAUGUCAUUCUUGACAUUAAGCACAACCUUGGAAUGGCACGAUGCAAGGUCUUCUCGCAAAGUUUCAACCGACCCAACCUCUACUAUGAGGUGCGGCCCAAGGGAACCAACGCCAACUGCCUCGAGAACAUUGCGGAACGCAUCAAGGAAUCUUAUUCUGGGAUGAGUGGCAUCGUGUACACCAUCUCUCGAAAGCUGACCGAGGACGUCGCAGCCAAGUUGUCGGCGCAUGGCAUCAAGGCGAGUCACUACCACGCGAAGCUGGAACCAGCAAAGAAAUGGUCUGUGCAGUCAGCAUGGCAGAAGGGGCAAAUCAAGGUGGUUGUUGCAACCAUCGCGUUCGGCAUGGGGAUUGACAAGCCGGACGUCCGGUUUGUCUUUCAUCAUGGCCUCCCGAAAAGCCUCGAGGGGUAUUAUCAGGAGACUGGGCGUGCGGGUCGAGAUGGCAAACCUUCAGAUUGCAUCCUCUAUUAUGGCAAGGGAGAUAUAAGAACUCUCAAAAGAAUGAUAUUGGAUGGAGAUGGGGGUAGCCCGGAGCAAAAGGAGAGGCAGAUGGCCAUGUUAAACAGAGUUACGGCCUUCUGUGACGACAAGGCGACCUGCCGACGCACGGAGAUCCUGCGAUACUUUGGCGAGGACUUCCACCGGGAUGACUGCGGGGACACGUGUGACAACUGCAAGGCUGCACUCGUCUUUGAGGAACAGGACUUUUCGGAAUAUGCGGUUGCCGCCCUCAAUGUCGUGAAGCGACAGAGACGGCUGACGCCGAGUCAGUGUGCUGACAUCUUACUGGGCAAGAAAUACCCAGACUCGGAGAUGCACGAAUCUGAUCAAUGGUACGGAGCGGCGACGGGGCUGAAGAAACACGAGGUCAUCCGCAUCAUCGACAAGCUCUGUGCAGAGAAGGCGUUCCAAGAGCACAACCAGGUGAACAGACACAGCAUGGCCGUGGAGUACUUGCAGCUGGGACCUGCAUUUAGGGACUUUCUGCAGGGCAACCGGAGGCUCAUGCUGACGAUCCAGGUCACUGAGGACAAGCAGUCCAAAUCAAAAUCCAAGGCAAAGAAGCCCGCGUCUAAGAAGGCUAAGAGCAAAGACGCGGGGGCUGUGCAGUCCACGUACGUCUCGUCCCCCAUUGUACGUGGACGUGGCAGCCGCGAGGACGAUGAAGAUGAAAACGGUAACCUGGACGGCUUCAUCGACGACGACUGCGAGGACGAUGCCUUUGACCCUGCACCAGCCGCAAAAGCACCCAAGGCAACCAAGGCGACACGGGCGAAGCCGCCCAAGAAGACGUCGUCGGUCUCCGUCGACUCAAAUAUCGACGACCUCGGUGCUCUCCACCAGGACCUCAUCGCCAGCUUUGUCAGAGAGGCGCGAGACUUGGAGGAGCAGAUCCGCAACAGACUUGGGCUUAGAAAACCGCUCUUUACGGAACGCGACCUGCGUGAGAUGGUGGCCAGGUGGACCGUGACAUUGGACCAGAUGAAACGAAUCCCCGGCAUUGACGCAGAAAAGGUGCAGCAGCAUGGCGCCAAGAUCCUGCCCCUUUUGAAGGAGCAUCAUGACCUGUUCAAAGCGAGCGAGCAGGCAUCCGGGAACGGCGAGCCGUCGACCUCGACACGGAGCCAUGGGGACAUAGUAGACCUCAUCAGCUCCGAGGCUGAGGAGGAUUAUUUGGAGGAGGAGCAAGAGGACGGAGAGACGGCCGAUUCGCCCUACUUUGCACAGCAAGCGCAGAACUGGCACAAUGAACUCGCAGGCCUAUCGGCACAAAGCGGCACCGCCCGUCGUGGUGGUGGUAGCAGCAGCAGCAGCCGCCCGAGAUCAACGUCCCGAGGAGGAGGGGGCGGCAAGAAGUACGGCAAGUCCAAUAAGGGGGCUAAGCGGUCGGCUAGUGGUAGUGGGCCAGCCGCUGCCGGCGGCGGCGGCGGUCGUCGUCGUGGAGUGGGAGGUGCUGGUGGUGGUGGUGGAGGAGGAGGAGCCGGAUCUCGGAAAGCUAGCGGCUCAUCGACCGCCUCUCGGGCAACAUCGUCUGGACCCCCGCGAGACGGACAGAUCGUGAAGCGGCCAGGAGGGGGCAUAGGCCUGAUGCCGCUGUGA